GAUGAUAUUCUGGCAGCUUGAUACUGACGUAGCUAGUGUAUUAGUCCUGAGGUGUUACAGUGAGAUUGUUUGGUGAGGACAAACACCGGGGAAACCCUUAGUAUUUGUCAGAUUUUUAUUGUUUUAUCUCGGGCCGAGGACUUUUUCGGCAAAUUUCCGACCACGCCGCCGCUGCCACCGACGACGACGAAGAGCUCAACUAGCAGAAGCCAGUCUCCCUUGAACACAUCUUCAUCCUGCCCCGUCUCCAUGUCAUGCCCCGCAACCCGAAUCUGGGUACCUCGACCCUUCGAAACCGCAAUCGAGUUACCAACAAGACACGCCUUAAGGUCAUCCAAGGUAGCAUCGAUGCAGACCCUCUCGUGGUCGAUGAGGACGAGGAAAAAGCCAGGAUCAUUAGCACUGCUGGCGUGGACGCUGAGGACGCCAAUGAGCACCACUUGCAGGCGGUACUGUCUGCCGCGUCCCAAAGACACCAAUCAGUGGGUCGCUCAACACGUGGGGAGAAGGCUGUCACCCCCGCCGCAUAUAUUCCCACACCAGACUCCACUGGUAUCGUCGACAACUAUGACGAAUUAUAUCCUUCCCAGCGGUGGGAAGACCCAGGCGCAUACAUCAGAUCCUCAGAGACUGUCGAUGAGGCAGUCUCAAAUGCGCUCGUCGAUGCGUUCACGUACUACAUGGAUGAGCGCGAUAAGGAAUGGCUCGACAGAAACAACGAGGAGGCGCGUGGUGAAGGCACAAGUGCUCAGGGUGCUCUUUCAGCCUCCGGCGCAACCACUCGCUCUGGCCUGUCCCAACGAAGUGCCAAGGCGAAAGGCAAGGAGCCUGAGUCGACACAACCUCUUGCUAUCACGGAGGACGAGUUCGAACUUGUAAUGGGCAUCUUUGAGAAGGUCACCCAUGACACCACGGAGUUCUUGCACCAUGGUCUCGAGUCUGGCAUGGCGUUUCCUCCGUUCACGGACUAUCAAGAAGCAUUCUCCUCUCCAUUACCAUCCUCUAUGUUUGCAACGUUCACAGUGCCGACGUGGAUACCGCAACCCGCUCUACUAUUGCGCUUGGCGAAAGUCAUCUAUCCUUAUUGGCGUGAUCGCCGCAUCGAAAGAAAAGGCCACCGAAUUAUACCCAUUUUGAAUUUCGAUGAGUCGGACGUGCUCAAUGAGUCUUAUAUUUGCUUUCGCCGUCGCGAGAUUAAGGCUGUCAGGAAGACCCGUGCUUCGCAGGCGACGUCAUCCGAUAAGCUUUUGCGGUUGCAGAACGAGUUGACGCAGGGUUUGGAGCUCGCCAAAACGCUCCUCUCUCGAGAAAAUCUCAAGCGCGACUACACACAGCAAACGCUACAGGUCUGGGACAAGCGCUUUGAGUUCGCCGAGCUCAAGCGCAAAUUUCCCUCGUUGGGUACUAAAGAGGAGGAAGAGCUUCUACUUGACAAAGAGAGAGUAGUAAAGAAGCCCAAGAUCGAAUCUAGUCGAAUUACUGGACUCAAGAUACGUACGAGAGAGAGCGGGGACCCAGGAUCUCCGGCUGUCGCUGUCGAGGCAUCUAUCCGGCCUAAGGAACGCCUCAGUCUCAUCAAUGCAGCCAUGGAGCGUGACCUUGCGAGCCAAAAGGAACGUGACCACGGGUAUGAAGAUGUGGUGGAGAAUCCUUAUCAACGCCCAACAUUUUCCUUUCCGCGACGUCACUGGAAGGCCAUUUUUUCCUCCUCGCGCCCGUCAACACCAUCACCAAAUGUAGCGUAUGAGGAACCAGAGUGCGUGCGUUAUGUCCGCCACCGUGUGACUCGUCUAGGCAACGCUACAAUCGAUCGUCGCGACGCUUUCAUUCAACGCUAUGGAAUCCAUAGUGAUGACUCCGCGUUCACACGACGACGGCAAGCGUUUGCACGGCGUAUGGAUGCCAUCAUCCCCGAGGAUGAUGAGGAGAUGUCAGCUCGUGUACGCGAGCGCUGGAAGUUUGAUCAAGACGAUGAGCCCACGGUUGGACCUGAGGGCGCGGACGAGCAAGAUCGGACUCUCAUCGAUGACUAUGAUCCAAAGUAUCUCCGUCAAAUGAUGACAUUGUUGUCCGAUCAAGACCAUCAGGCUCUUACGACAGAUAACACCAUUGUCGUGACUGUGGACGGCCGCCAACACACUGUCUCCCCAUAUCGUCUUGGAGUGCAACCUCAGUACAGUAUCCGCCGCGAUCAACAUGGCAUUCAGCGGGUAUAUCCUGGAGGUAUGCCGCUGUCGGCCACUCGUGCAGCCCCCGCGGGCAUUCCGAUGCCGAAUGGUGUGCCGAUAUCCAUGCAGGCGCAUGUCAAAGCGAUGCAACCACCAUCAGCCAUUCCACAAAUGCGCAUCUCAUCAAACGGUGCCAUGCGUCCUCCGGUUGUUGGGAAGAUUGCAUCCCCAAGUUCGCCUACUGUAGUACAGCAGUCCUCUCCCCCUCACGCUGCUUCCACGAACGGAGUUAAUGGAAACCAUACUGGCACUCCUACGUCAGAUGGCGACUCAGUCAGGCUGAUCGCUGCACCCAAUGGCAUCGUUGCCGAUAGCACCACGACCAUCAAUGGCACAGUACAUCAGUCCACAGACGUGCAGAUGUCUCCCCCUGCUGAUCCUUCCCAGUCCAAUCAGGCCGGCUCACCAGCGCGUCUGGAGUCCGAGUCCCAGCACACUCCGGUAGUCCCACUUAGCGGUUACCGCGUUCCUAUGAACGGUUAUCCCAUGUCUAAUGGCGCUGUCGUGCGUCCGCCAAAUGGCUUCACUUUGCAGCAAAUGCCCUUCAAGAUGUUUGCAUCGAACGCGGAGGGACGCCCAGUGCAAGUUCCGUACGGGCCAGGGCACCUCGUGCAGAAUGGCGCACACUUCAAUGUGCAGCUGCCAGGUGGCGCCAAUCUUAACAUCAAGGGACGGCAGUGGGCAGGCGUGGCGUCACCUCAUCAGCAGCCCGCGCAGCUUAACGAAGGGACACCGAGCCCUCAUGUUACGCCAGGCAAUCUACCUACGCGCACGCCGUCUGCUAAUGGUAUGCGGACCGCCAAUCGUGCCGGGAGCAUCAAUGUUCCUCCGCAAGUCGGUCAACUGCUACAAAAUCAGUAUGUCAUGUCGCCCCAUAUGCAGCACAACAACCCAUCUCCACUACCGUCGUCCAUCCCGUUACCAUCCCAUCAGUCCCCCCCUCGUCCGCCGCCCCCACAGACCAUGAAAAUGGCUUCCCCGUCUCUGCAGCACCAGCAGGUAGUACAGAGUUCGCAAGGCGGAUAUUAGUAUGCACCAUUGGGCUCGGGUUUUCCCGCGUAUCUCUCCUGUGAUCCCU